UCCUUGUAAUUAAUGAAAUUAUAAAAACAAACCUCCAACUCCCACUCAAUAACUCCUCAUUUAUUAUUCCACCCCCAUUUCUUCUCCUCCGCUUUCCAAGCCAAGAGGGCAACGAAAGUGAAAACCGAUCUCCCCGUCGCCGGCGAAUCCGUCGGGCGAUUCGUUCACUUUUCCGGCGAGUAAGCAAUGCCGAUGAUCGCCUUCUUCCUCCUCCUUUUCCUUCCCUCCGUCUCCCCAAAUACACCCGGCUCGUCCGGCACCUACUUGGAAGCCCCCAAAUUCCCCACCGCUGGCGACUGCCCCUCCACCGACGGCUACUGUAACCCAUCUCUAGUCCACAUCGCCAUUACCCUCGACCUACAUUACCUCCGCGGCUCCAUCGCUGCCGUCCAUUCCAUUAUCCGCCACACCACCUGUCCUGAAACCCUCUUCUUCCAUUUCGUCGCCGAUGCAUCAGCCGGCGACCUAUCCGCUAUAAUCCGCGACGUUUUUCCCUCCCUCCGCUUCCGCGCCUACCGAUUCCGCAUCGGCCGCGUACGCCGCCUCAUCUCCUCCUCCGUCCGUUCUGCCCUAGAGAAUCCCCUUAACUACGCCCGCAACUACCUCGCCGAUCUACUAGAACCUUGCGUCCGUCGCGUUGUUUAUCUCGAUUCCGACCUCAUUCUCAUUGACGAUAUCCGGCAUCUUUGGGACUCCGCCAACGCGGCCUUCUCCGACGCCCCGAAAGCCACGAUAGCCGCGCCGGAGUACUGCCACGCCAACUUCACCCUCUACUUCACCGACGCGUUCUGGAAUAGCCGAUUUAAACACACUUUCGAGGAUCGCCGGCGCCCGCCGUGCUACUUCAACACCGGAGUGAUGGCGAUCGACUUGGAGCGGUGGCGGAAGAUGAACUACGGCCUGCAAAUCGAGCGGUGGAUGGAGAUUCAGAAACGGGUGAGGAUCUACGAUUUGGGAUCCCUCCCGCCUUUUCUUCUCGUGUUCGCCGGUGAGAUCGAGGGGCUUAAUCACAGAUGGAACCAGCACGGGCUUGGCGGCGACAACGUCAAGGGGAGUUGCAGGGGUUUGCAUCCGGGGCCAGUAUCUAUUCUCCAUUGGAGCGGGAAGGGGAAGCCUUGGGAUCGGUUUGACGCUGGGCUACCGCUAAUGGUUAGUGGAGGAUGGCUAGUGAAGGCUGGUGUUGACUAAUAGGUACCAACAGACAACAGUAGCUAAUGGUGGAGAGCGAUGGUGAUAGUCGGCAUCAAUUGAUUAUGAUAAAUGAGAAAGGUAACGUUUCUAAAUUAGACAAUUUGUUUAAAUCAACACUAAAUGAACUAAAUAUUAAAUUUCAAAUACAUCAACAAACUACUUAGAAUUUCAAAAUGUUUCAAAUACAUCAACUAAUCAUAAAAUAAAAAAUUUAAAUAUUUUUAUAUCUUAAUGUUACACUUAAAAUAAUUCAAAUCAAAUGAGUCUUCCUCUUUCCUAUUUUCUUCUCAAUAUACUACAUACAUAAAUGUAAUAUAAACUAUAAAGAGUAUAAUGCCUAUCAAACGUUGUCUUUUUAUUUCUUUCGUGUGAAUGCAUCACCAAAUAAAAAAAAAAAUUAUAUUAUGCUAUUUAUAUAUCUAACUCUUAAAGCUUUAAUAUUAUAUGUCUACUACCAACAGCUUAAAUAUGAGUAUAAGAAAUAAAAUAUUAAAAUUUAUAGAAUAUUA